UCUGCAAUCUCUGUUUCAAAAAGCACAUGUAUUUGACAUUUAAUGAAUUAACCUAACUUUUUAGGCUUACAUUUGCCAUUUGUAAACACAGAAUGUAAAAUUAAGAAAUUCAAUAUGAAGUUCUUCUAUAAGUUCAGCAAUUUACUGGGAACAGUCUACCGAAAAGGAGAUCUACUCUUUACACCUGAUGGUAACUCUGUAAUUACAACUGUAGGCAACAGAAUAAGUGUCUUCGAUCUUAGAAACAACAAAUGUAGUACACUUCCAAUCGAAAGCCGAUUCAACUAUGUUACAUUGGACAUAAGCCCCAAUGGGUGUACUUUAAUAGCCAUAAAUGAAGAAGGUGAGGCUCACAUGAUUAGCCUCAUAUCACAGACAAUAACUCACAAGUACAGAUUCAAAGGAAAAUGCAGAUCCAUUAGGUUCAGCCCUGAUGGCAAACAUUUUGCUGUAUGUAAAGAUAACAAUGUGUUUGUUUUUAAUGCUCCUGGGCCAUUAUCUGGCCAAUAUAAUGCUUUUGUCAUGGAAAGGGUCUUCCAUGGUGCUUAUGAUGAAACCACAUGCUUGGACUGGUCAUCAGAUUCAAAAAUUCUAGCUGUUGGAUCAAAAGAUAUGGCAACAAAGUUGUAUCCACUGGACAAGUGUAAAAAUUUCAGAAUAUACUCUCUAGGCAAUCAUACUGAUGGUAUAGUAGGUUGUUUCUUUGAAAAGAAUUCUUAUGACUUGAUAACACUUUCAAGAAAUGGACAAGUAUGUAUAUGGGAAUGUACCAUUGAUCCAGAAGAUUUAAAACCUCUUGAUGAAAUACCCAUUAAAAAGAAAAAAUCUUCAGAUGACAGUGAAGAGGAUGAUAUCGAUAUUACAAAAAGCUUGGAAAAAUCGGAAGAAGAAGCAGUGAAAGCAUUGGGUGAAAUUGAAGUAAAUGAAACAAAGGAAGAGUUGAACAAGGGCAAAUUAUUUUAUAAAAGACUGGCCAGACAUUACUUGGCAGAUGAGAUAAGAAAAAAUAAAAAAGAUGCUGUUUUAACUUCUGUAGCAUAUCAUAAACCUUCAAAAAUAUUAGUUACAGGUUAUUCGACUGGCGACUUCUUUAUUCAUGAAGCCCCAGAUAUGAAUUUAAUUCACUCGUUAAAUAUUUCUGACCAAAAAAUAACUUCCAUCUCAUUAAACAAUUCGGGAGAUUGGAUUGCACUAGGGUGUAGCGGUAUUGGACAAUUACUAGUUUGGGAAUGGCAAAGUGAAACAUACGUAAUGAAACAACAAAGUCACACAAAUAACAUGUCUUGCGUGUCCUAUUCUGCCGAUGGACAGUUUCUAGCAACAGGAGGUGAAGAUGGAAAAGUUAAAUUAUGGAACAUUGGCUCUGGAUUUUGUUUUGUCACAUUUGCUGAACAUUCUAGUGCUGUAACAGCAAUAAGAUUUAGUGGAAACAAGAAAUUUGUUGUGUCAGCAUCACUGGAUGGUACAGUACGAGCAUUUGAUAUUUUAAGGUAUCGAAACUUUAGAACCUUUACAUCGCCAAGACCUGUUCAAUUUUCGUGCGUAGCCGUCGAUACAAGCGGAGAGUUCGUUUCUGCAGGUGGUCAAGACAUUUUUGAGAUAUAUUUGUGGUCAGUUAAGACAGGGAGAUUAUUGGAAAUAUUAGCCGGUCAUGAAGGACCAGUGGCAACUUUGGCAUUUAGCCCGAAUAUAACGAACACCGUAAUGGUUUCUGCUUCGUGGGAUAAGACUUUGAGAAUAUGGGAUGCCAUAGAAAAAGGUUCAGCUCAUGAAACUGUUGAACUUACAGCCGAUGGUAUUUGCGCAGUGUUCAAUCCGAACGGCAAAGAAGUCGCUGUAGCUACUUUAGAUGGCCAAAUAUCGAUAUUUGACGUUCAAACAGCGUCGCAGGUGACUUCCAUCGAGGGUAGAAAUGAUUUGGGCAGUGGAAGAUCCGAUACAGAUUUAAUAACAGCCAAGAAAAGUUUAGAAGCAAAAUCCUUUACUACUUUAUGUUAUUCAGCUGAUGGAGAAUAUAUUUUAGCUGGAGGUCAAUCGAAGAACGUCUGUAUUUACAACGCCAAAGAAGCUUUGUUGCUGAAAAAAUUUGAAAUAACACAAAAUAGAUCUUUUGAUGCAGUAGAUGACUUUAUAAAUAGGAGAAAACUUACGGAAUUUGGGAAUUUGGCAUUGGUGGAGGAACGAGAUGAGACGGAAGGUGGAAAUGUGACGAUAAAAUUGCCUGGUGUUAGGAAAGGAGAUAUGGCAAGCAGAAUAAUUAAACCAGAGGUUCGAGUAUUUUCUCUGCAAUUUUCACCAACCGGUGAACAAUGGGCAGCCGCAACUACCGAAGGUUUACUAAUAUAUUCACUCACGGCGGGACUUAUUUUCGAUCCAUGGGAUUUACAAUUAGGGAUCACACCCAUGGCUGUUAAAAACGCAAUCAAGGAAGAAGAUUUUUCAAAUGCAUUGACCAUGGCAAUAAAGAUAAACGAAGCAAAUAUAAUUCAAGAAGUUAUCGAAAGUAUACCGAUAAAAGAUGUUGAACUGUUGAUAUCAAACCUUCAGAAAAAAUACAUUUCCAAACUUUUGGUCAUAAUUUCUAGCGGUUUGGAUAGCUCCAGGCACUUAGAAUUCUAUCUAUAUUGGGCCCAACAUAUUCUAACCGUUCACGGGCCCCAAAUAACAGGACAGGAAAAUAUGCCGGCGUUACUAAGUUUGGAAAAAAGUCUCAUGAGGAAAUACGAACAAAUUUCGAAAAUAUGUGACUUUAACAAGUACACUAUUCAGUAUAUAUCAAGCUUGGGAAAAAUAAUGGCCGAAAAACAAGCAAAAGUUGAAAAAAUGGAAACAGACACUGAAUCAGAACCAGAGAUGAUUAAAAGUGAUUAUGAUUAAUAUUAAGAAUAAAGAACUUUUAUCUUAAA